AUGUGCCUUGCUAGCAGGAUAAUCCAAUGCGGGGCCCAUUUACGGGAUGUUCCUUCUCAGAGUCAACGUUGGGCUGAACACCUCUCAACGGCUGUGCUCAAAGGGCACGAGGCUAUGGUUGAGCUACUGUGUAAAGCUGGGGUCCCACCUAAGGUCGAGAAUCGCUGGCCAUACAUUAAGUGCCAAUCCUGCCUUCCGAUUCUACAUACACUCCUCAAAUAUGGUGCCGAUCCAGAGAGCUUCGUCACGGGGGAGAAGCCUGGGUUCCCUCUGAUUGAUGCAGCAAGCAAUGGUAGCCUAGGGGCCGUGAAGCUACUUCUAAAUGCAGGAGCUAGAGUUGACCUUUACCUUCCUAGGCAUUGUGGAACGGCUUUGCAAGCCGCAGCUUCGCAGGGUCACUUAGAGGUGGCCAAAUAUCUCGUCCAAUCUGGAGCGGACGUCAACGUUCCUAGUGUUGAACUUCUCCGGCAUCAUCGAUGGUCUAUAUUCUUCAACAGUAACGAAAUGGUAGCUUGUCAAACUCCAGUUCAGCUUGCUACUAAAGUGAACAAUCUCGCUCUUCUUCAAAUUUUGCUGGAGCAUGGAGCAUCUGCGAUGGCUUGCCCAGUCUCCACAUGUCCUGACUUUGAAGCCAUUUGCUGCUACCAAGCCACUGACUUCAACCGGCAUAGACCACUAUAUUAUACACCUGUAUAUGACAGUGAGUGCAUGGUACAUACUGCCCUACAAUACGGAGUUUUACGUCGAAAUUUGAACAUCGUCGCACUUUUGCUGUUCAUAGGAGUUGCUCCUGAUUCCCGGGUAGCACCAGGUGUAGGUGACACACCCUUACAGAUGUCAGCAAGGUUGGGUAACCUUGAAUUAGUUCAACUCCUUCUGAGCAGCGGUGCUGAUGUCAAGGCCUCCCCUGCGGCUUUCAAUGGCCGAACUGCAAUUCAAGGGGCAGCGGAAAGUGGAAACUGGAAGAUUUUAUCAAUGCUUCAAGGCGCAGGAGCGCAAAUCAAUGCCCCAGCAGGAGCGAAGCUGGGAAUGACUGCGUUGCAGGCCGCCUGUUUGAACGGCCAUUCUCUGAUGGCGGGGUUCUUGCUUGCUCACCGGGCGAAUUUAAACGCGGCCCCGUCGCCGCUGGCAGGACUCACACCCAUUCAAGCUGCAUCUGUGCAUGGCGAUAUCGGACUAGUGAGAGAAUUGAUUAGCCUUGGAGCAGAUGCCAACGCCCCAGCAACUGAGAUGGGAUCAACUGCUCUUGUGGUUGCUGUAAAGCAUAAGUCUCUCCCGCUUCUCGAGAUACUCGUGCAACAUGGUGCAAACGUCAAUCUGACUGGGGACUGUGGUCUCAGGUCUCCUCUAAGAGAGGCUGCCCGUGUGAACUGGUUGAAGGGAGUUGAGUUCCUCUUGAAACACGGAGCGAAUGUUGAUGACACUCCUUUUGAGGUACUACAAUCGGAUGAAUGUGCGGAUUUCGAUCAGGAGCUGCUGAGCCCUCUGGGCUGGGCUAUCUCCAAUUGCGCUGAGGAGAUGAUAAAUUUACUGGUGCAACAUGGUGCGGAUGUUCUUGCACCUGUUGCAUUUAAAGGAGAUGCGUCUCGAAACGCCCUGAUAUAUGCAAUAUUGUACGGGCCAGAUAUGGAUAUCAUUGACUUGCUUCUUGAAAAUGUUCAGGACUUAGAAAAUUAUCCUGGGUGGGAAGAUGCGCUAAAAACUGUUUUCGAAAACACGGAAGGCGUUGAACUUGAAGUUUGUGAACUGAUAGUUGAGAAAACAAGCUCACUGCCCUUGCCUCUUCGUUACAAGGUGAUCCAAAAUGGAUGGGAUGCAUUACCUACGUCGGGCAUCCAUGAAGACGAAGAAAAUUUGCUAGGCGUUAUUAAGCUUCUCAUAAAAUCAGGGGCAGAUUUGGAUUCUCGCUCCAAGGAUGGAAGCACUCUCCUUCAACGGAUAGCUGGUGAGGGGUACCAUCAACCCUGCUGUUUUCUGGUCGGCCGUGGUGCUGACAUUAACACCCAUGCGGCUCAAUCAUAUGGAACAGCUCUUCAAGAGGCCAUCAAGAACAAUGACGUGAAGAUAGCCGAUCUCUUACUGGAACAUGGGGCAGAUGUGAAUUCACCAGCGCUCAACCGGGGUGUUACUCCGCUUCAAGCGGCUUCCAUCAAUGGGAUGCUCGAGAUGACCGUACGGCUACUUGAAUGCGGGGCAGAUGUCUCUGCGCCAGCUGCACCAGAGCAGGGGAGAACGGCAAUUGAUGGAGCUGCAGAACGCGGUCAUUUGGAAAUGGUCCAGUUGCUUUUAAACGCAUAUGGAGAGCAAGAAGCGCUGGGGACAGUAUGUAAUCAGGCGGCAGAUUAUGCGGAAAAGGAAGGUCACUGUGAACUUGCCCAUUGGUUACGAGCGUAUUCCCCUGCUUGA